GUUUUGUAAUCAUUGUCAUAUAAAAGUGCUAUUUUUUGAAAAUUAUUCAAUUUACAACUGAGUUUCAUUGAAAUCAAACAAAAGAUGUCUUUCAAAAUAGUAUUCUGUCUUUCAACUGUUCUUCUUCAGACAAUAUCAGGACAAUACAUCGGUAAAGGAUUUAACGGUGGCGUCAUCGGUGCUGGCUUGGCUGCUGCUGAAAAUGCUGCCCUGGCUAAUAGUAUGGCCUAUGGCGCACCCUUGGCAGCUAAUGGCUUAGCAUACGAAGCCGCAAUAGCAGCCAAUGGACCGUAUGGACCCAAUUUAGCUCCUGGUUCUAGUAUCACAAACGGUGGUGGUUUCAGAGUAACAAGUUCCUCUCCAAUCCCAGCAAGUGGUGUUUCAGUGCAGUCUGAAAAUUUAGUUAUUGAAGGUCCAUUGGCAGUCUCAGGCCAGUUACCAUUCUUGGGUGUAGUGGCAUUGGAAGGUCCGCUGCCAGCUGCUGGCCAGGGUGCAGUUGCCUACGGUUGCGGUAAUGGUAAUGUUGGCAUCGUGAACGAAGGAGUUGAGCCAGUGGUAGCUCCAGCAUAUGCUAAUGGGCUCCCAAAUGGUCUUGGUUAUAAUGGGCUUCCUAAUGGUUUAGGCUAUGGGCCAAUGUAUUAAGUUUUUUAUAUUUAUAUUAUUAAAUAAAUUACUAAUUUAUU